AGAACUCGGUGGGAAAAAUAAUUUCGCGAGCGGCGGGGGGGGGGGGGGGUGGGGUCGGUUGAGGGCCAAUUCGAUGAUGAUGAGCUGAGCAACUUUGAGCGUGCGCAAUUCGCAAACCAAGAUUGCGAAAAUGUCGUCGGCUCAUGUUCUUGUUACUGAUCGCAUUGAGCGAUCCAUUAAAUCCAUAUUGACAAGAAACGAUGUUCCUGAGGUUACGAAAAGAGAGUUCAAGCAGAUCAUCGAAACUGAAGUGACGGAAAAGAAUGGCGAACCACGAUCGAUUUCAUUCUCCUGUGUUCAACAAUUGCAUCAGCUGCUGUCAAAAGGCGUCAAUUCAAAAACGUUGUAUCUCCAUGAACUUCUUGAGGGAGCUGAUGUAUACCACCCACCUUUGAAACAACCAGAAAGGAAUCCAGAACUUGUUGCCAGACUGGAAAGGUUGAAGGCUGAACAAGAGGAUAGGGAGUAUAGACGCAUGACGAGGAAUGUGAAAAUCAAAACCUAUGGUGAAAGUCCCUUAGCUCAGGUUGGACAAGAAGUUCGAACAUUCCAAGUCCAGAUGAUGGGCGUGCUCAAUGUUGUUUUAACAAUCGGAGGAGGCUUUGUGUUUGGGUAUAUGGCUGCUGCAUAUCAAAGCCAACCUGUCAUAUGGCGAUUUACAGCGGGACUCAUAGUGGCAUUCAUAGUAGCUGUAGCAGAUCUUUACUUCUUCAUCAAACAUGAAGUAUGACAUCUAACUUCGACGUCAUGUUCAAGAAUGCUCAAGAGACACUAUGAAAUAUUGCAAUUAAUGGACCAAUGAUAUGCUGGAAGGAAUUUAGUAUGUAUCGCAGUUAUGGAUCGCAAGAGUGUUAGGUUAUUUUUGUUUCUCUAGUGGGCAUGUAAAAAUUGAGGAAAGUGAUAGAAGAAGGGAACAAGAUUCAAUGACAUAUAUGUGUACAUACACCCCAUCAGACAUGUGCAGCAGCAUUUUAAUAAAUGUAUUCCUAGGGCUGCUCAUUCCACUUUGUUGAAUUAGAUAUGUCGGUGUCCUUUUCUUCUAUUUCAAAAAUGUUGAUGAGCACGUCUUAUGAAGCAUCUUUAUGAAGUAUAUUUCAUGAAGCAUUUCAUUUGUGAUUUGUUAUGAGCUAAUCAGACACAAGGAUUUCAUUUUUGUCUCACCUGCGAAGCAGAGUGAGACUCGCAUACAUUCGUAAUUCCGAAGCUUUGUUAUUCCGAAGGUUUGAUAUUCCGAAGGUUCGUAUUUCCGAAGGUUCGUGAUUCCUAAGGUUCGUUAGUCCGAAAACGAAAUAAGGUUCGUAAUUCCGAAGGUUAGUUAAUCCGAAAACGAAAUAAGGUUCGUAAUUCCGAAGUUUUCGUUGGUCCGGAAAACGAAAUGAGGUUCAUAAUUCCGAAGGUUCGUCAGUCCAAAAACGAAAUGAGGUUCGUAAUUCAGAAGGUUCGUCAAUCCGAAAACGAAAUGAGGUUCGUAAUUCUGAAGCUUCGUCAAUCCGAAAACGAAAUGAGGUUCGUAAUUCCGAAGGUUCGUCAAUCCGAAAACGAAAUGAGGUUUGUAAUUCCGAAGGUUCGUUAGUCCGAAAACGAAAUAAGGUUUGUUAAUCCGAAAAUUAAAUAAGGUUCACAUUUCCGAAAAUGAAAUAAAUUCAUCUUGGUAACAAAAACGUUGUUGUCAUUACAAGAUAACACGAUAUCAUGCAAUAAUAGUAAUAACAAUCGAUGAUACAUGUGUGUGUUGUGGCCAAAGCAUCUAUUGCAUUAAGAAUAGGUGCCCGAAGCGCGAGCUUUUUAGAGGUUUAGAAUUAAAAAAUGGGUCAUUCUAUUCACUUUUUAUUCAUGAACAAUAUGAAUUUCUUGCUAAGAAAUGAUGCGAGUGAUUUUUUUAUAUUUCAAUGUAAAAACCGGGCUUUUGAGCACACUUUACAUAGAGAACGAGUCGUGUCUCUCAAGAAACAAAUCAAUGCAAGUGUGAAGAUAGAAUUGAUCAUUAAGGACUGUUUAACAUUAUGAAGAGGGCAUUUUUUUGUUACUAAAAUUGGAGGUAGGUCGGCAGAGAGUAUUUUUGUUUAGGGUGGGCAAAGUAAAAAAGGGCACUUAUAAUGUCAAAAUGGGCAUAUUAGUGGAAACGGAUAUUUUCACCGGAGAUUAUCAUCUGCGUGAAGUAGUUGUAGUAAUUAAGUUGAGCAAAGCCAUUUUGAAGUGAUUUCUGAUUGAUAACAUAUAUAUUUAAGAAAAAAUAAAAUCUGAAGUUGUAAUACUCGCUUUUGGUCAAUUAUGGCGCUAAUUUCUGUUAAAAGGACAUCCUUGUGAGAUGUUGAAAGCGUGAAUCGUGAGCUCAAACUAUUAGACAUUUUAUGUAACGACAUGAACUUCAUAGUAGACUUGUUAAGAGGUUGAACGCUGCAUUUUUUAGUACAAAUGUCCCACUUGGCACAAAUGUUCCUUGAGUCAAAAGAAAAAGAUUCAUCCAAACAGACACGCUGUAUCUAUGCAAAUGAGCAAGUAAUUUGCAUAAAUUUGCAUAUUAUGUCGAUAUAGUGAAAAAGGGUACUUAAGACUAUAUUUUUAACCAGAACUGUUUAAAAUUGGAAACAAAGACUUGGGGUAAGAAAGGGAAGAAAAUUGUCAUGAAAUGAUUGGGAUAUCCUUGUUUUCUAUUACCUAAUUUACAUAAAUUAUGCAAAUUAUAAUUUAAAACAGAGUAUUUUUUCAUGAAUCCUGAACUGUUUUAUAGAUAACAGCAUUUAAUGCACAAUGUCAACAUUCUACAUGAAAGAGAACAUAUUAGCAAAAACAUUGAGAUACUUCAUGACAGUAUUAAUGUCAUAAUUUGCUUUAAAAGAGGGCAAAUAUGUCAAUAUGUAUUACGUGGUAUUGCGCUAAACGAGACCAAAACAAACCUCUAUGUCACAGUCACACUAACGAUCUGACUAUAAAGCGAUCAAUGGUAUGUCAGAAUGUUUUAUUUUUCUCCAUGCAUAACAAGAAAUAAAUUGACAGAAUAGAAUGUUACAUAAAAUACAAAGUAGGAACUAAGCAUAAACAAGAAAAUGUUUGAAGUGCAGAGUUCCCUAAAUGACAUCGUAUGUAAGUAAUUUAUUUGACUAAAAUAUGGCUCAAAAUACGCAUUCACAGAAACCAGAACAAAAAUUAAAUACUAAAACUACAAUAAUGCCCUUUUUGUCUUUCUCUAAUUUUACCAAGAGCAAAGGAGGUUACAUAACUAUAAAAGUUGUUUUGCUAACUGUGGCAUCGCAGCGUUUAGGAAACUCUAAAAGUUUCAGACUGUGAACUCUAAAACUCUAAAAGUUUCUUUAACUGUGGGACCAAAUUUUGUCAAUAUAACCCCAGAAGAGAAUCACUUUAGUUGAUACAAGCAAUUAAAUAAUACUGUCUGGAAAUAUACAAUUAUACCAAUUGUAAUUAGCAUAAUAUGAAAAGUUGUGUAGUUCUACACCGAACAAACUGUUCUAUAUGUAUUUACCUUUCUUUUCAUGUCACAAUAAAUGUUAGAUUUAAUUGUGCCACAAUUUUAAUUGGGAAUAAGUUAUAAAAUGCAAAAAUUAGCCAUUUUAUGUUCAAAUUUGCAUAAUGUAUAAUUUAUUCAUAAUUUAUGCAAAUUAGACAACAUGGAUGGAUAAUUGUUUUCUUUUCCUCCAUCCAUAGAACAUUAGUACUGUGUAAAAUGCCUAAUUUUGGUGAUUGAAGUUUUUUACACUAUUCAUGGAAUUUGUAUAGGUAAGCUAAAAAAGACGCCCGGUUCUUAAAAAAUAAUCCCGAAAAACAAACACUCGUAAUAACAAACAGGCUUGUUAAAGUAACCUAAAUGCUCAUCUCAUAUUCGACGAGGAAGAUACAACAUCGAUGUUCAUGAUAUAAGAGAUUAAACAGUCAACGUCAGGCGUCUUAUUUACUAUUGUUUUAAUCAAACGAUAGGAUUAUAUAUUAUAUAAAGCAUUUUGAACAUUUAACGAUCAGUGAAAUUAUAAUCCCCUCAAGCACACCGGAGCCAACUAUAUAUUUUAUGAUAAUUUCAUUCAUAUUAUUACACAAAUAUGACCAUUAAAAGGUUUAUCAGUCUUAUACUGAUGGCAGCAGACAUUAUCGUUAAAAAUGAUAUGUUUUAGCUUUUACAGUAUAUCUGGCGUCAUGCAUUGGAGGGGGGGGGUGCGUGAUUUAUAUUGCACUGCAUGGGUUUCUUGAAGAAAAAUGAAAAGAGAGAGAGAGAAAGAGUGAAAUUUCAAAAAGAUUAAAUUUCGAAAUAAAAGUUUUGGAAGAAAACCUCGAAUAUACACUCUAAAAACAAAUCAGUCAAAAAGUACCUGUUAAUAGGGUCAGCUGGGUGCAACCAGUGGCGUAAGUACGGGGGGCAUGGGGGGCACGUGCCCACCCCCCCAAAAAAAAAAAAAAAAAAAAAAAAAAAAAACGGGGAAAAGAGGAAGAAAGGAAGAGUAACGUAGUGGGAAAGAAGAAAUUAUUUUUUAUUUGUAUAUUAUAUUAUAAUCAUGUUAUGUUAUGUUACAUAGAAAACAUUUUUAUCCUAACUUUAUGAAACAUUAUUUGCUCAGGGCCUAUGUUGUCAUUGUUCCUGGUGCUCGCAUUGUCUGAUUAAAGAGAUACAUGUAUAUAAACCUGUUGUACGAAAAACUCCCGUUUCAAGUCAAUAUACACCAAAUAUAUUAUUGUUUUAUGCAGUGA